AUGUUUCUUACAAGAAGUGAAUAUGAUAGAGGUGUGAGCACUUUCAGUCCCGAGGGUAGAUUGUUUCAGGUAGAGUACUCUUUGGAAGCUAUCAAACUAGGAUCGACAGCAAUUGGAAUUUGCACCUCGGAGGGAAUUGUCUUGGGUGUUGAAAAACGAGUUUCAUCACCAAUGUUGGAGAGUAGUUCAAUCGAAAAGAUAGUUGAGGUUGACAGACAUAUUGGCUGCGCCAUGUCUGGGCUAACUGCGGAUGCACGGAGCAUGAUUGAUCAUGCGAGGGUAAGUUCAUUAACACAUGAUCUUUAUUAUGAUGAACCUGUUGGUGUUGAAUCUUUAACUCAAUCUGUUUGCGACCUUGCUUUGCGGUUCGGUGAAGGCGCUAGUGGCGAGAAGAGGUUAAUGUCAAGACCCUUUGGAGUAGCACUGUUAAUCGCUGGUUUUGACGACCAAAAGGGACCGCAAUUGUACCACGCAGAACCAUCAGGUACAUUUUACAGAUAUGACGCAAAAGCCAUAGGUUCCGGAUCUGAAGGUGCUCAACAAGAAUUGCAAAACGAAUAUCACUCCAGCUUGACACUGAAAGAUGCAGAGCUCCUUACUUUGAAGAUUUUGAAACAGGUGAUGGAAGAAAAACUUGACUCUAAGAACGCUCAACUUGCCACAGUAACCAAGGAAAAGGGAUUUCAAAUUUAUAAUGACGAAGCGACUUCGGAACUCAUUAAGAGUCUUGCAGACCAAGACGUUGACGAAGAAAGCGAGCAGAUAUAG